GUGCAGCAUUUCACAACAGUUUAUUGAGAAAGAUCGGUGCUGUUUAUCGCUAUUUCCUUCUUUUCCCAAAUUAUUAGACAGAAUGAAGAACUUAGUUUUGUGUAUUUUCUUUGUUAUCUAUUUCUGGAGCUGUGUGUUUGCAGUUAACAUUUCGACCACAGCUAAUACUAUCACAACAAAGCGAUCGACACCUUCGACAACUCCACUUCUUUCGACACGUUCGAAAAGUUCAUCGCCGAGUACUACCGUUCCGAUUACCACAAGCAGCAAUAGAACAAGUACGUCUGUUCUACCGACUUCGUCACCAACACCUGAAACGACCUGUUCACAGAAAAACACUUCGUGUGGUGACUGUGUCAAAGAUAUCAGUUGCUUCUGGUGCGCCGCGGAUGUAACAUGUAAGAAGUACGAUGCGGGCAUCAAGAUUAUUCCUCACAACUGCAAGGGAAAUAAAUGGUAUUGGAAGCAGUGUUUUGUUGCAGGUUCUGUUCUAAUUUAUGUCAUACCAAGUGUGGCUUUUGUGGUCCUGGUGUUAACUGGCUGCUGUGUUUACUGUCUGUGCUGUCGAAAACGCAGACAACUGAGUUACCGAAAGGAAGACAGAAAGAUGCAGAAAAGACGAGAAGAGGCACAGAAAAGAAAUGCAGAGAGAAGAGCAGACAGGAAAAUCAGAACUGAUGCAAUUCGUCAGAAAUAUGGACUGCUUACAAAUGAAGAUGAUGGUGAACUCGCAUAGUAGGGAGACAAAACCCAAUGCUACUGAAUCAGUUAAAGAGUGGUACUUUCACCACUGCAAUUUUGUUACUUCAAUUUUGUACUUGCAAAUAUUUUCAAAUUUGAAUCAUAAUUGCUAUUAAUAACCCUUGGAGACCCCAAAAGUAACUAGCAUCUGAUGUCCUCGCAUAUUAUCACUCCUGAAUCAAACACUAACAUCACAAGAAUAAAGAAAAUAAUCACCAUCCAAAAAAGCUGUUGAUUGUUAAACAAAUUCUCCUACUCAAGUGCCUUAGGAAAUGUAUGGAGAACAGUAUGGAGAAUUUGCAUACUGAUGUUAGGGUGUCAAGGGUUAAGAAAAGAGAAAAAUAGUGAGUCUUUUCCUAUGAAUUUUAUAAGGUCUUUUCUUGAUUCCUGUUGAUGAAAUAAUGUUAUUGUAACUAUGAGACAUUUCCCCCUUUGGUUCUGCAUGCACCUUGGCAAAUUUUGAUCAGAUUUGGCGGCAAAGUUGUCAAAUAAAUCAGUUUUGACAGAUUUAUCCUACAGCAGAGCAUUUAAGCAAUCCUAGUGUGAUAUAAAUCAAUGAUAAUGUAUUAAUAUCAUUAUUAAACAAACUUACUUUAAUAAUUAUUUCAAAAAAAUUAUUUAAUCAUUUUUAGAAUGGUGUGUCUUCAUUCUCCUCAUUAUCAGCUAGAGAUGAAGGGGAGAAUUUUGUGAUAAUUUCUUUUAAAGUUAUGUCUUUAACUGGAGGUUUACAUGGUAGAAACAAGUAUUCUUAAUUGACAACACCUUCAUUAAUUGUGUAGAAAUGAUGCAAAGAAUGUAGAGUUGCUCUGUGAUCAUAUUAAUUGAUGAAAACUUUAACACUGGACUUUGAAGUGGAAUCUCUAACAUUUAAUUUUCAGGGAGUUUUCUCUUUUUACAUAUUAUUUAUAACUAAAUGGAUUUCCAAGGCUGUUAACAAGUACACUACCAGUUGCGAUGGUUGAACAAGGUAACCUCAGAUGUAUUUUUAUUACAAUCUUGUUUGAACUGUCAGACCUGGAAUUGAUGCAGAUUAGAACUUUUUGGCAGCCUGCUGUAUAUCUGGAGGUUUAUUUUGCAAAAGUAUAGUGAAUGUGUCUUGGGGGGAAUCUCACUUGCUUUGAUGUGCCACCUACAAAGAAAAUUUCCUACAAUGUUUACUGUAUUUAUGAGACAGAUUAAUAAAAUUAUAAUAAUA